AUGUCAAACGCUGACAUUCAGUUUUACACGGGCAUUUCAAGGGAUGCAUUUUUGUCUCUAGUCGAAAUGGUAUCCCUAAUGACAACAGCCAACUCACGAAUCCCUCUUGAGGAUCAACUACUCCUCUCUCUAAUGCGGCUACGUCUGGGCCUCCUUUAUGGUGAUCUCGCCAGGCGAUUUUCCAUAUCUGUUACUCGCAUUUGUGCUAUCUUCGAUAAGAUACUUGGAAUCUUAAAAAAGAUUAUGACGUUUAUCGUGGUCUGGCUGCCACGUGUACGCAAUCAGAGCACCAUGCCAGCAUCUUUUGUAGAGAAUGGCUAUGGCAGGACAACGUGUAUCUUCGAUUGCGCAGAGCUCACCUUGCAGAGGCCACGGAAGUUAAUGGCCCGUGCGCAAACGUACAGUGCAUAUAAGGCUGCGAACACUUUAAAAUUUCUUACUGUGAUUGCACCUAAUAAGCAUCUCAUGUAUGUUUCUGAUGUUUACGGAGGGAGAGCCUCUGAUAAGCACAUCGUUCGGACCUGCGGGGUUGAGGACUUCCUACAGAGAGGAGACGAAAUCAUGGCUGAUCGAGGCUUUGCACUCGAAGCUCACUUGGAGGCCAGGGGGAUCAAGUUGAAUGUGCCUGCAUUCACGAGGGUGCAUCCUCGAAGAUUUCACCAUUAA